AGACCCAAAAGCCCAUAACGAAUCCUCUGCAAAAACUUCGUUGCCUUUUCCCUUCCACUCAGCAAAGAAGAAAGGAAACAACAAUCCAAACAAUCUCUGAUCGGAACUCGAAGGAGAGAGAAAGUAGAGAGAGAGAGAAAUGGCGAAACCACUGGGACCGACGGGAGAGUUCUUCAGGAGGAGGGACGAGUGGAGGAAGCACCCGAUGCUGACGAACCAGUUGCGCCACGCCACUCCCGGCCUCGGCAUCGCCCUCGUCGCCUUCGGAAUCUACCUCGUCGGCGAGCAAGUCUACUACAAGCUUUACGCUCCUUCUUCUUCCUCCGAUUCUCACUCUCAUCACCAUUCGGCUCCUUCUUCUCACUGAUCCGCCGCACAAAACCCCCAGCUGGAUGCUUGGCAGAAGGAGUGAAUCUUGGAGUUUUUAUAUUCAGUGCCCUUCUUCUUGUUUGUUCUUCAAGUAAUAAGCUUCUUAUUCACAAAAUACUCCGAAGAGGGUAAAGCUUGUGAAUUUUAUGUCAGAGAUUUGAUAUGUUGAUGCUACUUAUUCUAUGUUUCCAUUCCUGUGUUUGCAUUUGGUGGUUCAACUUAUCACAUAUGUAAAGGACCAAAAGGAGUUAAUUUAGCGUUUCGACACAUGUUUAAUUGGUGUUUAA